AUGAUCUUCAAGUCGCGCUGCCCCACGCUGCCCAUUCCGGCGGACGCAUCCAUCUGGAAGAUGGUGGAGCAGCACGCCGCCGACAUGCCGGACAAGAAGGCCUUCAUCUGCGGCAUCACGGAGCGGUCCCUGAGCUUCUCGGAGCUGCUGCAGCAGGCCAAGAAGGUGUGCGCCGGUCUGGCCGCCAACGGCCUCAAGAAGGGGGACGUGGUCAUCCUGCACUCGUCCAACUGCCUCGAGUACGUCGUGGUCUUCCUGGCGCUCAACCGCCUCGGCGCGAUCUGCUCGCCGUCCUCGCCCCUGUUCAACGGCCAGGAGCUGGCGGACCAGAUCGAGAUCGCCGAGGCCAAGGCCGUCAUCACCCACAAGAAGUUCGCCAAGGUGGCGGUGGAGGCCGCGGGGCUGCGGCGCCUGCCGCUGUCGCAGAUCUACACGCUCAGCCAAGCCGAGGGCCCCGCUGGUCUCAAGUCCAUCGAGGACCUGGUGGCCCAGAAUCUGCCAUUCCCCAACCUCCCGCCUAUUGACACCAACCAAGUGGUGACGCUGCCCUUCUCCAGCGGCACAACGGGCCGCCCCAAGGGCGUGGAGCUCACGGCGCGUGCCAUGUACGCGUGUGGCAUUCUACCGGCCUACCGGGAGGCCGAGGUAGAGUACAUUCUGGGCAUGCUGCCGUUCUUCCACAUCAUGGCUACAAUGAUCUUCCACGUGACCAUCUACAAGGGCGUGACCAUGGUCGUGCUGCCUGGGUUCGACCCGGAGACGUUCCUGAAGACCGUGGUCAAGUACAAGAUGAGCAAGCUGAACCUCGCGCCGCCGCUCGUCACGUUCCUGGCCAAGCACCCGAUCGUGGACAAGUACGACCUCUCUCACGUGACCCACGUGGGCUCUGGAGGGGCCCCUUUGGGCAAGGAGGUGGAGCACGCGGUCCUGCAGAGACUGGGGAUCCAAGUGCUUCAGGGCUACGGCAUGACGGAGUUCGCUGGCUGUGCGAGCAGCUCGUACCCAUCCACGUUCCGUGACGGUGCCUCGGGUACGCUGCACCCCAACACGGAGUUGAAGGUGCAGGACCUGGAGACAGGAGAGGAGCUGGGCGUGAACCAGACUGGAGAGCUGCUGUUCCGCACCCCAGCGCUCAUGAAGGGGUACUUCAAGAACCCGGAAGCCAACCGCGUUACCUUCACCGAGGACGGAUUCGUCCGCACGGGCGACGUCGGAUACAUCGAUGAAGAUGGCUACAUUUUCAUUGUCGACCGUCUCAAGGAACUCAUCAAGUACAAGGGCCACCAGGUGGCGCCUGCCGAGGUGGAGGACGUCGUGAACUCGCACCCGAAGGUUGCGGACUCUGGCUGCGUGCGAGGGUUUGACCCUGCUACGGGUGAGGAGAUCCCCAAGGCUUUCGUGGUGCUGAAGGAGGGCGAAACGUUGAGCGAGGAGGAGCUCAUGGAGUACGUAGCGGGCAAAGUGACGGGCUACAAGCGCGUGCGUGAGGUGGAAUUCAUCGACGUGAUUCCCAAGAGUCUGUCGGGCAAAAUCCUGCGCCGCGUGCUGCAGAUCCGACAGAACGAGAAGAUGAAGGCGACCCAGAGUCGGCUGUAAGUUGGAAGGUGAAGCAGAGUAUGGCAAGGAUGGUAAAACCCGGUUGGGAUCAUAUAGGGUACAGAUCAGAGAAUGGAUCGGUUAUUAAUACUAAUUUUUGUAUUGAAAAAC